AUGUCCAGUGUGGAUAAGACACCUUCAACUACACUAACUGAUCCUUCAGCCAUGAAGACAACAACUUCAGAGCCCUCACUGACGGACUGGCUGACAUGGAUUGUGACUUGGAAACCAGAAAGCUGUACUACCACAGAGAGCCCACAGCUGAGCAAAGGCAAUCCAAGUAGCCCCUCUACAUGGCAAGCUUGUAAGCAUCCUGGGACAGUGUACCGUGAACACUCAGGGAAAGGCCAAAAGAGGAAAUGCCAGGCAGAGGGUGAAAUGGAUGUGUGUUCUGAAGAGUCAACCCAACCUCUAAAGAGGCUCAAAGAGGAGCAGUGUGAAAGAGAGCUUGGGUGUGAAGAGCCAGGCCAGGGUCAGAUAAGGAAACUCCAAAAGCAGGCUGGAUCGCAGCUAAAGCCCACAGAGUGCACCACAGGCCCUGAGGAAGAGGCUUUCACUGAGGCAAAGUCUGUGGAUGGGGGCAAAGGUCCCAAUCUUUCCUACAGCAACAUUGAAGAAUGCAUUCAGAAAUACCACAAUGGACUGUACCCAAUGUUGUUGGUAUACCUUCAACCCAGUGUCCCUGAGCACUCUGACUCUCAGAGUUCUCACAGGAUUCCAGUGGAUGCCUUAAAGAAGAUCAAUGGCUGGGUGGAUGGGGAGAUCCAUGCUUCUCAAACACCUCAAAUCCACACAGACAGAGUCAGCAAUAAUAGCAUUCUCCCCAAUCCAAUGCCAACUCCCAAGGCCAAAGAAAAGGCUCCGGAAGACCAAGGCAAGAGUCCAGGGCUGGACUAUGACCCUCUGAUCACAGCGGACAUGCUAACAGAAAUCAGCAGUGCUCUAGGCCCAGGGCCAAAAGAUGAGAUCUUGAGUCGUGCCUUCAAUAUGGCAAUUACUCGAGAAGACAUGCGCACCCUGAGGGAUACCCGGUGGCUCAAUGACACAGUCAUCAAUUUUUACAUGAAUCUUCUCAUGGUCAGAAAUCAAACUCAAGGAUACCCUGCUCUUCACGCAUUUAAUACCUUCUUUUACACCAAGUUAAAGAGUGGGGGCUACGGGUCAGUCAGAAGAUGGACCAAGGCAGUAAACAUCUUUGAAAAGGAACUGAUCCUGGUGCCUGUUAACCUGGAUAUGCACUGGAGCCUGGUGGUGACAUACCUAAGAGAAAAGAGUAUUGUCUACCUGGAUUCGAUGGGACACCAGAGACCAGAGGUCCUUGAGCUUAUUUUCCACUAUCUGCAGGAUGAGAGCAAAUCGAAAAGGAAUGUGGAUCUGAACCCUUUGGAAUGGAAGCAGUACAACCUGCCAGCAGAGGAGAUUCCUCAACAGGGGAAUGACAGUGACUGUGGCAUGUUUACUUGUAAAUAUGCCGAUUACAUCUCCAGAGGCCAAGCCAUCACCUUCUCUCAGCAGCACAUGCCUUUGUUUAGGAAGAAGAUGGUGUGGGAAAUCCUGCACCAGUGCUUACUGUAG